AUGUCGUUAAGUGAAGCUGAGAAGCGUAAGAUACUGCGGGAGAGAAGGCAGCAGAAGUUUAGCCGUGGGGGUGCUAGUGAGAGGUUGAACAAGAUAGUUGGUGGUCAAGGCAGCCAGCUGGAUACCAAAUCUGCUUUGGAUGAGAAGCCUGAAGUGGUUGAGGAGAUCCCUCGUGAGGCUGUGAAGCCUGAGAUGAAUUCCAGUGUACAGGCCAAGAAGGAGAGUACGGCUCAGGCAAAGGCGGAAGAUCCGCAGGUCGAAUUGUUCAGGCAAUUGGCGGAGAUGCAAGGCCAAGGUGCCACUGAAUCUACUCCAGAUCUCUUUUCAAUGAUGAAGAACUUGGGUGCUACAGGUGACUCUCCAUUCCCCAUGGCAGAGCAACAGGUAGAGGCCAUUGACCCCGAACUUGUUGAGUACCACAAAUACAGGGUCAAUACGUUGACCGCGAAGACAACGCUCGUGAAGUGGAUAGUUCUACUUGCUUACAUUUUUUUGUUAACAAGAACAGAUGAUACAUACUUUCCUUUUGUUGUCAGGUCGUACUUGCCAGAAGUGUUCACUUCUCAAUCGAGCUUCUUUUCAAUCUUCUUGACAUUCGAGAUUCUCGCAACCUCAAUCUACUACCAGUUGAGCGUCGGUGUGGAGAGAGAGACGGGUGUGAAGACUUUGCAGGACACUAGUAAGAUAGUCAGCCUGGUAUCCAUGGUUCCAGAAGGUAUUUUACCCAUCGCUGACUUACGCGGGAAAGUGAUACUCGCCAUGAAGUACUGGAACAUCAUAGCCAUGAUGAUAGGGGACGUCUGCUUCGUUCUGGUGGCCAUCGGACUAGUGUCACAGAUAUAA